GGAGGAGUCGGCUGUGUCCGGGCCCGCAAGGCUGGGGAGUGAAUGAGCCGCUCGGGCUAGUCUCCUCCCCGCCCACUCCCUCCACUUUCUGCCGCCUGGACCAGGCCGGGAGGGGGCCGGAGCCGGCCGUGGCAGGAUGUUCUCCAAGAAGCCCCACGGGGACGUGAAGAAGUCCACCCAGAAAGUGCUGGACACCAAGAAGGACGCACUGACCCGCCUGAAGCACCUGCGCAUCGUCAUCGAGAAUGCAGAAUCUAUUGAUCUUAAACAGUUUUUUGACCAACAGUUUUCACAUAUAUACUAUGUGUUCUUUGAAAAUUUUGUGACUAUUGAAGCUAGUCUUAAACAGAAAGGUCACAAGUCUCAAAGGGAGGAAUUGGAUGCUAUACUUUUUAUUUUUGAGAAAAUUUUACAACUUCUUCCAGAAAGAAUUCAUCAGCGAUGGCAGUUUCAUAGUAUUGGAUUGAUUUUAAAGAAACUACUACACACAGGAAACUCCUUAAAGAUUAGGCGGGAAGGUGUUCGUCUUUUCUUAUUAUGGUUGCAAGCUCUUCAGAAUAACUGUAGCAAAGAACAGCUUUGGAUGUUUUCAUGCUUAAUCCCUGGAUUUUCAGCACCACAAUCUGAACAUGGACCUCGAACUUUAGAUAAUCUCAUUAAUCCUCCACUCAACCUUCAAGAGACUCAAGUUACUAUAGAGGAAAUCACUCCUCUUGUUCCCCCACAAUCAGGAGAUAAAGGACAAGAAGAUCUCACGAGCUAUUUUCUUGAAGCACUUUUAAAAUAUAUAGUAAUUCAGGUAAAAAGUUUAGAAUGGAAGAACAAAGAAAAUCAAGAAAGGGGAUUUUCAUUUUUGUUUUCACAUUUUAAGAAAUAUUACUUGCCUUAUAUUUUUCCAAACAUCUGCAAGGAGUACAGUUUAUAUCAUCCUGUACUUGAUAUCCCACAGAUGAGACCAAAGCCACAUUAUGUCAUGAUAAAAAAGGAUGCUGAAACCAAUGAAGCAAUCUAUUGUACAAAGGAGCCUUUCAUUAAGGCUCGUGUUAUUGUCAUUCGUUGGCUGGUUUCUUUCUGGCUGGAGCCAAAACCCCAUACAGGACCUCAUAUUCCUGGGAUGGAAGGUGAAGUCUUGCCAAAGAAUAUUCAGAGAGCAGCCGCUAGUUUGGUAUCCAGAGAAGAAAACAGAAAUGAUAAUGCUGAUAAAGCAGACAGAACUACAGAACCAGAACAGUCUCAUUCUAAUACAAGCACUCUCACAGAGCGAGAACCCAGCUCAUCUAGUCUCUGUAGUAUUGAUGAAGAACAUCUCACAGACAUUGAAAUAGUUCGCAGAGUUUUUUCUUCUAAAAGAAGUAAUGUAAACUUUGUCACUGAGAUAUUUCGUCAGGCAUUUUUAUUACCAAUUUGUGAAGCAGCAGCUAUGAGAAAAGUGGUUAAAGUGUAUCAAGAAUGGAUCCAGCAAGAGGAAAAACCUUUAUUUAUGCAAGAGCCUGAAGAAAUUGUGUUCACUUCUUCAGACCUACCUUGCAUUGAAAAUGUCACAGACCAUGACAUUUCAGUGGAAGAAGGAGAAAAAAGAGAAGAGGAAAAUGGGACCAAUGUUGCUGAUCAUGUUCGAAAUUCUGGUUGGGCAAAAAAUGGCUCCUACCAAGAUGUUCUUCAUAAUGCCUCUGAAGAAGCAACAGAACAAAAUAUACGAGCUGGUACCCAGGCAGUUUUACAGGUGUUUAUUAUAAAUUCAUCAAACAUAUUUCUUCUGGAACCUGCAAAUGAAAUAAAAAAUCUUCUGGAUGAGCACACAGAUAUGUGUAAACGCAUUCUUAACAUUUAUCGGUACAUGGUUGUGCAAGUAUCAAUGGACAAAAAGACUUGGGAACAGAUGCUGCUUGUGUUGCUCAGAGUCACGGAGUCUGUACUGAAGAUGCCAUCACAAGCUUUUCUACAGUUCCAGGGGAAAAAAAAUAUGACCUUGGCAGGUCGACUUGCAGGACCACUUUUCCAGACUCUUAUAGUUGCCUGGAUCAAAGCAAAUCUAAAUGUGUACAUCUCCCGAGAACUUUGGGAUGACUUACUGUCAGUUUUGUCAUCGUUGACCUAUUGGGAAGAGUUGGCCACUGAGUGGUCACUGACUAUGGAAACAUUAACUAAAGUUUUAGCUAGGAAUUUAUAUAGUUUGGAUCUCAGUGAUUUGCCAUUGGAUAAGCUGAGUGAACAGAAGCAAAAAAAGCACAAAGGGAAAGGAGUUGGACAUGAAUUUCAGAAAGUUUCAGUUGACAAGUCAUUUUCUAGAGGAUGGAGUCGUGAUCAACCUGGCCAAGCCCCAAUGAGACAGAGAAGUGCAACAACCACUGGAUCCCCAGGAACUGAAAAGGCAAGAAGUAUAGUACGGCAAAAAACUGUUGCCAUGAGAAGCCGAUCCAUUGGUGAAUGUGCUCUGCCAUCGGCCUAUAUACGCAGUGCUAAAAGUGCUCCUGUUCUGAUCCAUACUUCCAAACCCUUCUUGCCUGAUAUUGUUCUCACUCCCCUUUCUGAUGAGCUUUCAGAUAUUGAUGAUGCUCAAAUACUUCCCCGCUCAACUAGAGUUCGACAUUUUUCACAAAGUGAAGACACUGGAAAUGAAGUUUUUGGUACUUUGAAUGAGGAGCAGCCAUUGCCUCGAAGUAGCAGCACUUCUGACAUCUUGGAACCAUUCACUGUUGAACGAGCCAAAGUCAAUAAAGAGGACAUGAGCCCCAAACUACCUCCUCUUAAUAGUGAUAUUGGCAGCAGUAGUGCUAACGUUCCUGAUCUGAUGGAUGAGUUUAUAGCAGAACGACUUCGAAGUGGUAAUGCCUCGACCAUGACAAGAAGAGGAAGUAGUCCAGGCAGCCUCGAAAUUCCCAAAGACCUCCCUGAUAUUCUAAACAAGCAGAACCAGAUGCGCCCUAUUGAUGACCCAGGUGUGCCCUCCGAGUGGACUUCUCCUGCCAGUGCAGGGAGCAGUGAUCUUAUCAGCUCAGAUAGUCAUUCGGAUUCUUUCAACGCUUUCCAAUAUGAUGGCCGAAAAUUUGACAACUUUGGCUUUGGAGCCGACACUGGGAUUGCAUCCUCUGCUGAUGUGGAUUCUGGUUCUGGUCAUCAUCACAGUGUUGAAGAGCAGGAAUUGGCUAGUCUAACCACGCUUCAUAUAGAUUCUGAAACAAGCAGCCUUAACCAGCAAGCUUUCUCUGCUGAGGUUGCAACAGUUACUGGUUCAGAAAGUGCUUCCCCAGUCCAUUCAGCUUUGGGAUCCAGGUCACAGACACCUUCCCCUUCCACGCUGAAUAUAGAUCACAUGGAACAGAAGGAUCUACAGCUUGAUGAGAAGCUUCACCAUUCUGUUCUUCAGACACCAGAUGAUCUAGAAAUCAGUGAAUUUCCAUCUGAAUGUUGUAGUGUGAUGGCAGGUGGUACUCUCACUGGAUGGCAUGCUGAUGUUGCUACUGUAAUGUGGCGAAGAAUGCUAGGCAUUUUGGGAGAUGUCAAUGCUAUUAUGGAUCCUGAAAUACAUGCUCAAGUUUUUGAUUAUCUCUGUGAACUUUGGCAGAAUCUAGCUAAGAUUAGAGACAACCUCGGCAUUUCAACUGAUAACCUGACCUCCCCUUCUCCACCAGUUUUGAUUCCUCCACUGAGAAUUCUUACACCUUGGCUUUUUAAGGCAACCAUGUUGACUGAUAAAUAUAAACAAGGUAAAUUACAUGCUUAUAAACUUAUUUGUAAUACAAUGAAAAGAAGACAAGAUGUAUCUCCAAACAGAGAUUUUCUAACACAUUUCUACAAUAUAAUGCAUUGUGGAUUACUUCAUAUUGAUCAGGAUAUUGUCAAUACAAUCAUCAAGCACUGCUCACCUCAAUUUUUUUCACUUGGUUUGCCUGGUGCCACAAUGCUUAUUAUGGAUUUUAUCCUAGCAGCUGGUAGAGUGGCUUCUUCGGCUUUUCUCAAUGCACCAAGAGUGGAAGCACAAGUUCUUCUGGGAUCUUUGGUUUGCUUUCCCAACUUAUGUUGUGAACUACCUGCUCUUCAUCCCAAUGUUCCUGAUAUUGCUGUGUCUCAAUUUACAGAUGUUAAGGAACUUAUAAUUAAAACUGUAUUAAGCUCAGCAAGAGAUGAGCCCUCUGGUCCUGCACGAUGUGUAGCACUUUGCAGUUUAGGUAUUUGGAUUUGUGAAGAACUAGUUCAUGAGUCUCAUCAUCCACAAAUUAAGGAAGCUCUGAAUGUAAUUUGUGUUUCCUUAAAGUUUACUAAUAAAACAGUAGCCCAUGUAGCUUGUAACAUGCUUCACAUGCUGGUUCAUUAUGUACCUAGACUUCAGAUUUACCAGCCUGGUUCUCCCUUGAAAAUUAUUCAAAUCCUAAUAGCCACUAUUACCCAUCUUUUGCCAAGUACAGAAGCUUCAUCUUAUGAAAUGGACAAGAGGUUGGUGGUAUCCUUACUUCUCUGCCUUCUAGACUGGAUCAUGGCCUUACCUCUGAAGACACUGCUCCAACCGUUCCAUGCUACAGGAGCAGAAAAUGAUAAAACAGAAAAAUCUGUACUCAAUUGCAUUUAUAAGGUUUUACAUGGGUGUGUUUAUGGAGCUCAGAGUUUUAGCAAUCCAAGGUAUUUUCCAAUAAGCCUCUCUGAUUUGGCAUCUGUAGAUUAUGAUCCUUUUAUGCAUUUGGAAAGUCUGAAAGAACCUGAACCUCUACACUCUCCUGAUUCAGAACGAUCAUCUAAACUCCAGCCAGUAACAGAAGUGAAAACUCAAAUGCAACAAGGAUUAAUCUCCAUAGCAGCCCGCACUGUAAUUACGCAUCUGGUAAAUCAUUUGGGCCAUUAUCCAAUGAGCGGUGGUCCUGCUAUGUUAACAAGUCAGGUGUGUGAAAAUCAUGACAAUCAUUACAGUGAAAGUACUGAACUUUCUCCUGAACUCUUUGAGAGUCCAAAUAUCCAGUUCUUUGUGUUGAACAAUACAACCUUAGUGUCCUGUAUCCAGAUCAGAUCGGAAGAGAGUAUGCCUGGAGGAGGUUUAUCUGCUGGGCUUGCAUCAGCCAAUUCAAAUGUCAGAAUCAUAGUACGAGAUCUCUCUGGAAAGUAUUCAUGGGAUUCUGCCAUACUAUAUGGACCACCUCCUGUAAGUGCCUUGUCAGAACCUACAUCUUUCAUGCUUUCAUUGUCUCACCAAGAGAAGCCAGAAGAGCCUCCUACAUCUAAUGAAAGCUUAGAAGAUAUAGCAGUAGAAGAUGGAUUUUCCCUCCAAUUUAAAAGAUUUAGAGAAACUGUACCAACUUGGGAUACAAUAAGAGAUGAAGAAGAUGUUCUUGAUGAGCUCUUGCAGUAUUUGGGUGUUACUAGUCCUGAAUGCUUACAGAGAACUGGCAUCUCACUUAAUAUUCCAGCUCCACAACCUGUGUGCAUUUCUGAAAAACAGGAAAAUGAUGUUAUUAACGCUAUCCUUAAGCAACAUACAGAGGAAAAAGAAUUUGUUGAGAAGCACUUUAAUGACUUAAACAUGAAAGCUGUGGAGCAAGAUGAACCAACACCUCAAAAACCUCAGUCAGCAUUUUAUUAUUGCAGACUGCUUCUUAGUAUAUUGGGAAUGAAUUCCUGGGACAAACGGAGGAGCUUUCAUCUCCUGAAGAAAAAUGAAAAGCUACUUAGAGAACUUAGGAACUUGGAUUCAAGGCAGUGCCGAGAGACACACAAGAUCGCAGUAUUCUAUGUUGCUGAAGGACAAGAAGACAAACACUCUAUUCUCACCAAUACAGGAGGAAGUCAAGCAUAUGAGGAUUUUGUAGCUGGUCUUGGUUGGGAGGUAAAUCUCACAAACCAUUGUGGUUUUAUGGGAGGACUACAGAAAAACAAAAGCACUGGAUUGACCACUCCAUAUUUUGCUACCUCUACAGUAGAAGUUAUAUUUCAUGUAUCAACAAGAAUGCCUUCUGAUUCUGAUGAUUCUUUGACCAAAAAAUUGAGACAUUUAGGAAAUGAUGAAGUGCACAUUGUUUGGUCAGAGCAUACUAGAGACUACAGGAGAGGAAUUAUUCCUACAGAAUUUGGUGAUGUCCUUAUUGUAAUAUAUCCAAUGAAAAAUCACAUGUUCAGUAUCCAGAUAAUGAAAAAACCAGAGGUUCCCUUUUUUGGUCCACUUUUUGAUGGUGCUAUUGUGAAUGGAAAGGUUCUACCCAUUAUGGUUCGAGCAACAGCUAUAAAUGCAAGCCGUGCUCUGAAAUCGCUGAUUCCAUUGUAUCAAAACUUCUAUGAGGAGAGAGCACGGUACCUGCAAACAAUUGUCCAGCACCAUUUAGAACCAACAACAUUUGAAGAUUUUGCAGCACAGGUUUUUUCUCCAGCUCCCUACCAUCAUUUACCAUCUGAUGCCGUUGGCUCCUAUGCAGAGGUUCUACCCAGCGAAACUCCCACAGCAACGCAGGUAGAUGGGGCUGACCUGGCCUCUCCAAUGUCUCCUCGAACUAGCAAAAGCCGCAUGUCCAUGAAGCUGCGUCGUUCUUCUGGCUCAGCCAAUAAAUCCUAAGGAGACAAGCAGCCCAACAGUGAUCAGAAAUAGCCACCGUAGCACUAACAUAGUGUUAAUUAACCCUUUUAGGCCUUCAUGUCUGCCGUAACAUGCAUGUUCCUUCCUGUACAUUUGUUUGAGAAGACACUGGAUUUAAAUAAUUUGUAACUUAAUAUUUUAGAUUUGGGUUAUUUAUUCAGUUUGUUUUUUCCCCCCAACACUCCAAGCUGCCAUAUUUUGAGAGGGUAGAAUUUUAUUCUACACCCUUUACCUUCCUAGAUAAUUAUGUCUGAGUUGUUUUACCUUUAAUUUCAUGAUUAACUUUGAGCCAAAAGAUAAUUAGACAAAUAGUAUCAUUAUUUUAUUUAUUGUGCCCAUUGUAACUUUAUGGCUCAAUAAAUAUAUAAUUUUUUUACAAAUGUAAAAUUUUAAAUUUAAGCAUUUGUAAAGUUAUAGCAAAAGUUGCAAAUCUGUUAAAUACAUAGGACAUGUACAGAUUAUUUAUGUUAUGAAAAUAAAACACUCAAAAUAAAUGGUCUUCUAGCAUCUCAAAUUCCUACUGAAAUAAUUUUAGCACUAACUUUUCUUCCCAAAACAAUGUCUCAUUUCUUGGCUGUGCAGAUGAUGCCAUGACAUGUCCAUAACUAGAAAAAUCACUGUGCUGAACUAUGAUUUAUGUUUAGUUUCCCAAUAUUUUUCUAAUGUUUUGCUUUUUAGGUGGUAUCACUGUUAAAUACCAUUUUUGUUUUGAGAUUGUGGCCCUUUAUUAUCAGCUGCUAGAUCUUGGUGUGUCUAUGUUCUUUCUAAGUACUGAAAAAAAAAAAUAAUGGGGAGAGAAAAGAAGCAAAAAACUUUUCUGAUAUAAAUAUGUUGCUCAAAUUAUGUGUAUUAUUAAAAAAGAAAAGGGAAAAUGACCUAGUUCUUAAAUUUAAUACUGUUACUACUGAACUUGCAGGUGUAGGUUGGUAUACAUUCCACCCUCCAGAAGUAUUUUCCUAUAGUAGAUAAGCUGCUCACAUUUUGUUUUGAAUGGGCAUCUUCUAAGGAAAUGUAGCAUGACAUUGGUAUUAACUGCAUGUGUAAAUAUAUCAUACUGGCAAACCAUAAAAUAUAAAUUAUGUAUCAUUCAUGUGGUAUCUACAAAUUUGUAACAGUAAAAAAAAAAAUAACAUGGUAUUUAAUAAUACAAUAAAAUAUUCUUAUCACUUCC